AUGCACUCUCAUGGCAUUGGGCAUCUUCUUCGAAGCGGCAAUGAACGUCAAAAUCAUCUAGCUAAAGUUGUUAGAAAAGAACGUCAAUCGCCACCUAUUGGGUUGACCAUGGAAGAACGUCAAUCACCACGUGCUAAUGUCGGUCACAAUGAACCAAGAACACAAAAUUUGAUUGAUCGUGUUGGUACUUCUGGAAGAUCAAGUGCACCGCAUCCAAACACGCGAAUUAAUCAUCCGUUGUCAGAUCUGAACUUGUCGCUUGGAAAUGGUAAAGACCAUGCCAGCAAAGCAAAAGUUGGUGCUGAUUUGAGUUUGUCACUCGGACUAAGCAGGGUCAUCGUCUACGUAAUUCUGUCGUAUAUGCCGACUGUUUUCUCUUCGGCAUUCAUACCCAAGCCCCUUCUUACUUCUACUGACACACAAGGAUCAUUUUUGCAUGCAGUUGCGAAUUUUGAAUUUUCAAGGGCUCGAUCGGGACUUCAAUUCGGGGAUGCUCCUCUGCUGCCUCGUGGGACAAGGAUCAAGCACGAUUGCUAUUCUGCCGUCUCAUCAAUCAAGGGUCAAGCACCAAGACUGAUCAAUAGCACAGAGUUUGCCACCAUCACCGCGUCAUCCUCAGAAUCGAGAAAGAAGCGUACGCCAUUGUAUUUGCUUCCUGAAAAAGAUCAGAGUGUGCUGAAAGCUGCAAAAUUGUUCUUUGAAAACGAUAAUAUAUCACUUGAUCAGGCAAAGGGUAGAUUUAGCGUUUCAGAGAAAACUUCUUCGAGCUCCCAAAAUUCUGCUAUAGCCUCUCAGCCAAUUCAUUCCGUUCCAAGUGUGAAUUCUCCUACAUCCAGCAGUAGCGGAAUCGCAGAAACGGGGCUCCGACCAUUCUCGAGUGGAAUGAUUCGUCAUGAUAAGAAAGGACCAAAGCCAGUAGGAUAUGAUACGAAUCAGCAAACAAUAGCACGUCAUGCAGAACGGUUGAUACGUAAAGGUACGACUAAUAGCGAAAACGACGCAUUGAAUCUAGGAAAGGCAAAGAUAUUGGCAAAACAAAAGCGUAAAAGUGAAUUAAUGGCAUCAUGGAGACACAUGGCAAGAACUGAUCCAUCUCAAGCUCGACAGAUGAAGACUAAUGUGCCUAUUCGACGAUCAAAAGCCCACUAUGUUUCUCUCCGAGCACAUCAAUUGGACCAUCAGGGUAAAGCUAAGGGUAUGGAAGCUGCCACUCAGAUGGCUAAAACGGAGAUGGAUCAAGCGCUUUCUCGCAAAAAUCAGAGAGCACGACACCUUCAAGCAAGACGUAAGCUGCAGAACGGUCAACAAGCUGUUUGA